AUGGACCUUACACCCAAGACAACGGAAGACAAGGCCUUUGCGAAGAAGGACCACCACCACCUCAGACCGAAGCCGAGGCUGUCCGAGCGAAACAAAUUCGUUAUCGGCUUGGUUCUCUUUCUUUCCUGGGCCUUCAUCUUCCUCGGCUUCUCCAACAGCGCAAACCCACCGCUCCCGGAAACCUCCACGACGCGACAGCUAUCAGUGCGCAACUUCUCCUGCACCGAAGCGUUCUGGCCAUCGGCCGAGCAGUGCGGCAAGGGUGGCGUCAACUGCGUCCCAGACACGAGCGGCCAGUUCGAGGCCAAGAUCAUGGCAUUCCGCUGCCCCGCGAACUGCGUGCGGGACGCCGCGGCCGCCCCGGCCAGCACGCCGCACCUCGUCGGGGACAUGGAGGUCACGCAGCGGCCGGUCGUCAUCGGCGGGCCCAUCUACCGCGGUGACUCGGAGUUCUGCGCGGCGGCGGUGCACGCGGGCGUGCUGGACGAUGCGAGGGGCGGCUGUGGGGUGGUCAAGCGCAUGGGGCAGACCAACUCGUUCCCGGGCUCGGACAUGUAUGGCCUCGAGUCGCUCGCCGUCAAGACGUACUUCCCGCUGACGUUCAACUUCCCGACGACGAACGAGGAGAUCAACGGGAGGUGUCCGGAGGCCAUCGACCGCAGCUGGGUCUUGCCGUGGGUGACGAUUGGGCACUCGGUUGUGUUCUUCCAACUCACGAGUUCUACUGGCGCGAGGGCUGCCUGGCUGGCUUCAGUCGCAACGGCCCACCUGCUCCGGUGGAGGUCAAGCUCGGCACCCUCGGUGGCAACGGUCCCUGCUCAGCACGCAGUCUCGGAGCCGGUCCCCAUUCCGAAGAUUUUGGACCCGGAGAUAAACACACAAACCCUUGACAUGUCCGUUGCGAAUAUCACAUUCAAGUGGUCGACACCUACGCCGGCUGGGAUCGAAGGGAUUAGUAUGCUGGUAGAUGACGUGGAGAGGGAGCGUGUGUAUUUCGGAGAUGGGAAGGGAAAGGACAGCUUCUUUUGGGAGAGAGGACCGCAAGCUUUUGUCGAUUAUAUUCGGUUCGGUUAUGUAAAGAAUGGGGAGGUUUUGAAAUAUUCUUCCGCGGGGACAUGGCUGCUUGAUGAUUCGUGGACGGGGAUCCCGGCAAAGGACAAGGUUAAGAUGUAG